AUGGGUCUUCUUUCCUGGGUGCGUCCCAGCGGACGAAUCUCAUUUUUCCACGCCAAAGACAACAAGCUUGUCUUGACGAAGAAAGAAAGCAAGACUGGUACCAAACAGCAGACGACCUUGGUCGAUAUAUGUCGUGAUGCGACUCCCGACUCAUGCCAUUUGAACCCGAUGUUGUUCAAUGGUCAUUUGCAAACGAUGUAUACGGUUCUCAAGCACGACAAUGUCCCCGUAUACUACAAGCGCAAGAUGUUCGAAGCCGAUAGUCCCAUGUUCACGGGCACUUAUGCAAUUGACUUCGUUGUCAAGCCGUAUGACAUGCCACCUGAGGGGGAAUUGACUGAUCAAGCGAGGAAGUAUACUCAACCGUCGGGGCUGCCACCGCGCACAUCCUUCUAUUCCGAGGAAGAAUUUGCGGGAAUUACUUCAGAUGACACGAAACCCAUGCUGGUCGUCCUUCAUGGUCUGAGUGGUGGUUCUCAUGAAGUCUAUCUGCGACACGUGCUGUUCCCGCUCAUCGCGGAUGGCACCUGGGAGGCAUGUGUGGUCAACUCGCGAGGCUGCUCCCAAACCAAGAUCAGCACCGGGGUUUUGUAUAAUGCCCGAGCCACUUGGGAUGUGCGACAAUCUGUGAAGUGGCUAAGAAAGACUUUCCCAAACCGACCUCUUUUUGGUAUCGGAUUCUCACUCGGAGCCAAUAUUCUUGCAAAUUAUCUUGGAGAAGAAGGCGACCACUGUCAGCUCAAAGCAGCAGUACUUUGUGCUAGUCCUUGGAACUUGGAUGUCAGCUCCGUAAACUUGGUGAGCUCAUGGCUCGGCAAGGAGGUUUACAGCAAGACCAUGGGGUCUAGCAUGAAACGACUAUUCGAAGCACAUGUCGAUCAAGUAUCGAAGAACCCACGGAUCGACGUCGAAGCGAUCAGAAGCAUCACCUACUUGCACGAAUUCGAUCGGGCUUUGCAAUGUCCAACAUGGGGUUACCCUACAGAAGGUGCAUAUUACCGCGACGCUGCCUCCACAGACGCCAUGCUUCAGAUCCGCAUUCCAUUUUUUACCGUUCAGGCUGAGGAUGAUCCUAUUGCCUCGCGUAAUGCAUUGCCCUUCCAAGAGAUGACUCAAACUCCCUAUGGUGUCAUGAUGACUACCUCCUGGGGAGGGCAUCUGGGCUGGUUCGAACUUGGCGGAGAGCGUUGGUUCGUUAAGCCGGUGACAAAUUUCCUGAAUAAAAUGGCCAAAGAGAUCGACACCGAUAUUCCUGGAGUCGUUGAAAAUCCUGACAGACUCCCAGGACGGAUCAUCAGCCAUUUUGGACCCGAGAAGGACGAUGACGUCUCACCAAAGCCCGAGUUUCUUCCGGUGAAUCGUAAACUGGAUAUGAAGCUUCCGAUGUAA